GCACUUCGGAAGCUAUCCAUGAAGUUAAUAUGCAAACAUUAUAUUUUAUUUGGACGAUUUCCGAAUACCAAACUUAGCCUCGUUUCUGAACUUGUAGUAGCGAGUAUACUCCGAGGUAGAUUGAACUGACAUCAUCCGAAGAUCGGUCAUUUGGACGACAAACGCUGGACAAUAAUAUAAACUGUUUCUAACCGAUAGCCAGGGUUAUCGGGGUAUAUUUUAACAUCGCUAUAUUAUUCUGCUUCACUCUCCUGAUACAACUAUUGGUCAUCAACGAAUCGCUUCUGCAACCAUUUUGGCUUUGUAUAGGAUUUCUAAAGUAUAGCGACAAAUCGUAAUUGAAAUCACUGGUCGCCAUAGCCCCUAAGCAAAUCGCCUGGCGAGAGUGAGCACACACACACAGGUGCCAUCUAUUUUUUCGAAUAUACGUUCCGUGGUUGUUGCCAAGUGCAAACGAAGCGCCGACUGUUCUGAAUUAAGGUCUAGUGGAACAUCCCUGGUUGUGCCUGCUAAGUCGACGCUUAAACAGCGACCCGCUUGCGACACAAUGUCUUGUCGCGGAUAUGGCUCUCAUCGUAGCCAUGCACCAUUGCGUCUUGGAGACGGCUCGUCACUUGAGCAUGGAGGCCGGUGUUGCUGUGUUAAGGAAGACGUUUCUUGUGAAGCGGCGGCAAGCGAACGCCGCUCAAUGCCCACUGCUCAAUAUUGCCGAUGUGGGGCACUUCGAGCGUCAUCUCUCGACCAUUUAUUCAUACCUGAGGAUCUGUCGAUAGUGCCCAUACAUCUCAAAUAUAGCAAAGACAAAUUUCGUGGAGUUCGCGUUGAUGGCCGCAUGUACUUUCUUCCAAACAGCCAACAUUUCGGCCGAUUGUGGGUCGGUGACUCUCGUCGGGAUCAGUCGCGUAAGGAGACCCUCGCCGUCGGGAGGGAUCUACUUAAACGAAACAACGACUACGCCCCGCCAAGUAAUUUUACUAAGGACAUCUAUAAGGAAAGAAACAGGACGAAUCGAAGCUAUCCAGAUGACUGGCGAUCGGAGCGUAGAUCUGUGCGUCAAUCAGUAGGUCGACUAACGGACGAUCGGCGACCUAAAAGUCGUCAGACCACGAAUGAUCGGAACUCGUUUGUGUUUACUGUGAAUACCGGAAGUAAGUACCAGCCGCCUGCUAGUCGCGAAAGACGUUUCACUAUUCCACGAGGCGGGGGGAUUACGUACUCACCGAGCAACUCAAAAGGUUCGCCACGGGCAGGCGCAUCCUCAAGCGCCGGUUCAGUCGCAUCUGUAGGGGCACGGGAAAGUUAUGUGGAAGUAUCAAGUCGUGGUGAGAAACGUCGGGAAAGACGUCCUCGCAUUGUCAAAUUUGCCGAUGACGAACAAUUCCUGGCUAGCAUUAACGAGGAGCCGGACACCAAAUGCGAUCGACGAAAUUCGAACGAGGCCAAAUCGAAAACUCGGGCGCAUCUGAGAGAUAGCGUUAAUCCGACAUCGGGAGUCAAAGAGAGCACUGGGCGCAAAAGCACAUCACGUAAGGUCAAGGGAACUCAUCGCAAAUCGAAUGAAAUGCAAGACACCUCAUCGGGUGACGACGUCGGACAGAAUUUGAAAAGCGUAGAAAACCAAGACGUCGGUGAAACCAAUGGCAAGGUCUCUAUUGGCUCAAACGAAGUAUUGUCUUUACCACCUAGCACCGAACUCCUCUGUGUCGCUGACAGGAGUGAUCAAAAGUCAACACCGUUAGUGGCUGAGAUAAUUGUGGCAGACGGUUGCAAGAAUGGGACGGAAGCUACCUCUGAUGGCAACAGUCUUGAAAUUCUGUGCACGGAGCCCGUGGCGACGAUCAGACAGUCCUCUGUGCAGGCGCCGGUUACUGUCGUAACCACAGUGAAAGUUCCUACAGCGCUUUCAACUCAAGCACCUACGGUGAUUCCGAUUCAAGAGCGUACUCUCGUAACUUCAAUACAGCGUUCUAUAGUAGAACCUACGCAAAUCCCAGCUUCGGCUUUAGUUAUGCAAGCGCAAUCAUCGCUUGAAGCUACAAGUUCCAUUCAAACUGCAACUGCUUCUCUGCACGCUCCCGCGGCGUCAUCACCACAAACGACCGCAGCUGUCCAUUCCGUUGGACAACCUGAUUAUCAAGCGCUUGACAUAACCUCAGAGAAGCUUUCUGAGAUCUGUCCUUCGAAAUCGGCCGUGACGUCUCCCCAGAAACCGACUGUGACGUCUUAUCUGAAACCGCCCGUAACAUUAUCUCAAAAGCUAAAUCUGCCCGCUUCACUGCCUCUGAAGCCAUUGGUGUCGCCCCCUCCGAAACCGGCCGUUUCGGCCCUAAAUAAUCAACCCGCUAUAUCUCCAAGCCAUGUCCCUAUGUCAACUUCAAUUCAGACGUCAUCGGCAGUUCUCGCUCAAGUAUCCAUGCUCACACCAACACAACCACCUGCGCUAAGCUUGGUUCCGUCAUCCUCAGCAGUGUCCCCAAAGCCGCCCGCGGUAGCUCAAUCAACUGAGCUUGUAGCGUCACUGUCGACGCCCCUUGCAUGCCCUGUCACAGCUCUUGCGAAGGCGUUCACUGAACGUUUGUUGCCAAAGCCGAAAGUAAGUCAUUCCGAAGUCACUGCAAACGCGAAUACUAAUGAAUGAAAACGAAGAGUCAACGCACAGAUAAAGCACGUGGCGUGUUAGUCAUUAAAAAAGGGGCCUAUAAAAGAACCCAUAGUAGCAAGAAACCACGUUCCCAGUGCAGCAGUACCAAGUUAUCAAGGUAUAUGCUGUGUGGUGCGAAGUGAUUCCAUUGAGGCUGCAAGGCGCUUUGAAGGUUUGUGCAAAUACUGACUAAACUGCUGCCGGGCGAAAAGUGUAGCCACGUAGGAAAGUUCCUCUCAUGCGACCUAAGGUGAUUUCAUAAUAAAGUUUUUUUAUGAAAGAUUUUCUUCCAAGAAAGAGACCUUUGUCCAUUGACCAAUGUGCGCCAUCUUAUUAAAAAACAGUAAUCUCGUGGCCUAAUGCUAAUCAUCAUCAGUUAAAUUAUCGAAACCGAUCAAACGUUUUGCAUGUAUCACGUUUUAGAGAAAAGCUUAAGGAUAAGUUUAAGGAAGUUCCUAUAUCACCUAGAAUAUCCU